AACCUGUACGCACUCACAAAACAGAACACACUCAGGGGGUUGCUCAGCCUGAACCUGACAAGCGCAUUAUGAAUAAGGGUGUGGUAGUGGAAAGUGUCUCUGACCUUUCACCCCUUGUCUGUUUUCAGGUUUCUCCUUCACCCAGCAACACGAGCGAGUCUCUGUGCUCGCUCAAGUUUGCGCAACGUGUCCGAAGCCUGGAGCUCAGCUCUGCGUCUGCUGCCUCCAGAAAACAUGAGAAUUUGUCAACGCCCUCCUCGCCUACUCAUGACCACACCGAGGUGGACUCUCCUCCGGUGACUCCAAUACCUUUGCCAAUCUCUCGUGCCAGCAGUGCUGGCACCACACUGUCUUCCACCUCCAGAACUUCCAGUGGUUCUCGCAGGAGGUCUCAGUCCCAGGUGCCAACAGGUAGAUAGAAAUGUGUUGUCUAGAUAUAGCUAUCCUUGUGGGGACAUUUUCCAGGUCACCGCUUAGAACAAGGAUA